UUGACAGUUUCUGCUUGAUAUACAGAAUUCGUAAUUUUACGACGAACAUAGCAUUGCAAGUUAAACAGAAGGAUCGUAAUUUCUAAGUAAUCUCGUGUCGUUAUCACAUUCUUAUAUAUCAUGCUGCAAACACAGGGUAUUAUCAUAUUGCCAGAUGUUUCGUAAUCGCGAGUCCUUGGAGCAAUUUAGAAUUGAUUUUAAUUAUAAUUUGAUUUUUCAUAAUAACCACAUAUCUUUAUUGAUAAUCUCGUAAACGAUACGUGCCGCGAACAGUCGAAUUGUUGGUAUAAGCAAGCCGCAAGAUAUUCGCAGCCUUAUCAAUCUCCCUCACGAUAAAUCUCAUUUGAGUACAGCGCGUGUCGUUGAACGAUUUAUUAGAUUCACGUGCGCGUAUCGUUUAUUUAUCGAAGUAACGAAGGGCAAUGUUUCGCGCGACUAUCCAGUACAUUCGAUAGCCAUUCGGACUCGGUUUUAAGAGAUCAUCUCAUUGUAUGUACGGCGCAUCCCCGUCGAAAGUCAUCGCGUUCAUUCUGUCGAAACUACCGCGACGUGAUCGUUGUAAUUUUAGCGCGUCGUGUCAGUGGCGUCAGUGCGGCUAAACGCUUCCGCUGGAAGGAGAAACGCUCAUCCAGCGAACGCUGAAACAUUUAUGACGCGUCAAAGCUCUCGAUUACACACGCAUAACACGCAGCCUCCUCAUUUAAGCUCUGUAUUGUAUAUUAUCUACUAAUAUAUAUAGCGCAGCUGCAGAAAGUGCAAGAGGCGCAUCUGAAACUGAGGCACAUCUAUUUGAUCGCACAUACACAGCACAUACACGUUGCGAUUGAAAGCUAUAUCGCUGAUAGCACGCGGCCUAUCGUGCAAUUAAGAGGCUCAAUCUACGAACGAGAGAUCGUCGGAGCGCGAGUUUGACGCCGAGCGUGCAGGCAACACGCCAACACGGUGAGUUCGUCGCGACAGUUCCUCUUCUCUCCUCACGAAUAAUAAAAAUAAAUCGGUGCCGCGAAGUGCUUGGCGAACGAAGAGGGAAACUCGCUGGGAACCUUCCUGAGAAACCUUCGGACCUGACAGUGACUAAGAGACAACCUGGAAACAUGCAUUGGUUCUUGAUACGACGUGCAGAUAACAGCAUCGCGCGACGCCAUUUUGGAAUCGUUUGUAAUAUCGUUUGAAGUUUUUGGACUGGCGAAGAAUACCUCGAGGUUAUCGAUACUAUCGCGAAUCGAGAGGAUUUGAAUUCAAAUGCGCGCAUGGCGCCGACGAUAAUCUUCGAAUCGAAUUUUGCAGCAUAGCGCCAAUUAUAGAGUGAGAAAACGCCGAAGGAGCGAGACACGAGAUUAGUUGGGCUUAUCAGUGUCGGCCUACACUCGCAAAUAAAUCAUGAAAAUUAAUUACACGCAACUGCCUAUAAAGGCGCAUUAUUUCUUUUUUAUGGCGGCCAUGGGUCCUAUUUUGCCGUUUUUGCCAGUUUACGGCAAGCAACUCGGUGUUUCGCCGUUAAUUAUGGGUAGCAUCACCGCGAUUUUGCCUAUUUUAUUCCUGAUCGCGAAACCAGCAUUUGGCUUCGUCGUGGAUUAUUACCGCGCCUGGAGAAAAUUGAUAUUUAUAGCGCUGCUUGCCGUAACAAGUGCCUGCUAUAUUUUUAUGUACUUUUUACCGGCCCUGCCCGGUCCACUGCUACCAGAUCAUCAAUUUCAAAAUGUUUCCUGUGCGUCUAUACCAUCUUGUGAUAUGGACUAUCACACGUCAGCAAUGGCAUCAUGUAACGGUACAAAAGACGCUACAUGUCAUUGGGUCUGCAAGGAAUAUGUGAAUUUUUCUACGAGAUUAUCUUUUCAUGGGAUUACAAAGGAAGCAGUGAUUUCGCCGGAUACCACAUGUUUGUUAAAUAUUGACGAGGCGUCAUUGUGUCAAGUAAAUAUAACGAAGAAUUUUAAUGUAUGUAACUGUAAUGUUACCUGCGAUAAUUUCGAAGAUAAUCAUUGCCUAUAUACAUCCAUCACCUUCUGGGGAUUCGUGCUCUUGAUGUCUCUUGGUAACAUCGGUUUUAACGUUUCCAAUUGCAUAAGCGACGCAAUUUGCUUUGACGUAUUAGGUGAGGGUGGACAAAUGGGAUACGGUAGGCAGCGAGUAUGGGGCACAAUCGGUUUCGGUGUGGCAGCGCUUUUAGCUGGCUACGCAGUAGACUUGUGGUCGCAAGGGGAAAUCUACAAAACUUAUACACCGGCGUUUCUCCUUGUGUUUGUAUUUACUUGUAUCGACUUGAUUUGUUGCAGAAAAUUGGAGCUGCCACUCAUGUCAGGAUCGUCAAGCAUACUGAAAGACGUAUGCAUGCUUUUGAAAUUGAAACCCAUCGUUAUAUUUCUAUGUUUUGCUACCCUUGCGGGUAUCCUUGAUAGCUUUAUGAUUUACUUCUUAUUCUGGUAUUUGGAAGAUCUUGCUAUGGCGACCGGUUAUAUGGGCGAAAUUAAAUUGAUAGAAGGUCUAAUCGUCGCCGCGCAGACUCUCGGUGGCGAGAUAAUAUUCUUCUCUCUGUCCGGCAAAAUACUGAAGAAGUUUGGAUACGGUUAUACCUUUACGUUUUGUUUUGUAUGCUACGCGCUGCGGCUGGGAUUAAUAUCUCUCGCUCCAACGCCAUGGUGGAUGCUUCCGGUGGAAUUUGUCAUGCAGGGACCAACAUAUGCGCUUUGCUAUACAACAAUAGUAGCGUACGCGAGCGCAGUAUCACCACCCGGUACGUCAGCUACUGUUCAAGGAAUUGUGGCAGGGAUGGACGACGGUUUAGGUUUCGCGGUCGGUAGUUUGAUCGGAGGUAUUUUAUACAAACAAGUUGGUGGUGCAACGACUUUAAGAAUAUUUUCAGUACUUGCAGCAUUUUCUGCGAUUAUGUACCUUAUUCUUCACACUUUGUACUUAAAACAUAGAACACCAGAUGCACGAAAAAAUGUCGAAUGGAGGAAACCUGACGAUGCACAGAAACACUGUGUUGUAGCAGAAUGAUACGUAUUUUAUAUAUCUUUGUUGUAAAUAAUAUACAAUAAAAAUAAAAUAUAUGUUUCAUA